CUUCAGUCCCCUCCACCUUCCCUGGUCUGUCUGGGAUAGCAGAGGCAUGGCGAGCCGCUCCUACCGUGUCAGCUCUGGCUGUGGGGUCAGGAACUUCAGUUCCUCCUCUGCUGUUGUACCCAAGCCUGGGACUCAUAGCAGCAUUGGUGCUGUGUCCUACCAUGGGGGCAGUGCUGGGGUGCCAAGCUAUAGGCGCCUUGGGAACUUUGGUAGCCGGAGCAUGUGCGUGGUGGGGUCACCUCAGAUGGCAGUGAGUUACAGAAGGCCCCUACGCAGUGGUGGCAGCUUUGGUUACCGAGCAGGUGGCCUGUGUGGGCCCAGCCUUCCCUGCAUCUCCACUGUGAUGGUCAACGAGAGCCUCCUCACACCCCUCAACCUGGAGAUUGACCCCAAGGCGCAAUGCGUGAAACAGCAAGAGAAGGAGCAGAUAAAGUGUCUUAACAAUAAGUUUGCUGCCUUCAUCGACAAGGUGCGCUUCUUGGAGCAGCAGAACAAGCUGCUGGAGACGAAGUGGCAGUUCUACCAGAACCGCGAGUGCUGCCAGAGCAACCUUGAGGGGCUGUUCCAGGGCUACAUCCAGACACUGAGGCGAGAGAUUGAAUAUGUAGAGGGUGAUGCUGGGAAGCUGGCCUCGGAGCUCAAUCAUGUGCAGGAGCCGCUGGAGGGCUUCAAGAAGAAAUAUGAAGAGGAGCUGGCCCUCCGGGCCACAGCUGAGAAUGAGUUUGUGCUGCUAAAAAAGGACAUAGACAAUGCUUUUCUGCUCAAAUCAGACUUGGAAGCCAGGGUGGAACUGCUGAUCAGGGAGAUUGCCUUCCUGCGGUCCCUGUAUGAGGAGGAAAACUCCGUCCUUCAGUCACAAAUCUCUGAAACCUCAGUGGUGGUGAAGAUGGACAACAGCAGGGAGCUCAACAUGGAUGUGGUUGUGGCCGAGAUCAAGGCUCAGUAUGCUGACAUUGCCAGUCGCAGCAGGGCUGAGGCUGAGGGCUGGUACCAGACCAAGUGCCAGGAGAUGAAGGCUACAGUGACCCAGCAGGGUGAGAACCUCCGCAAAAGCAAAGAGGAGCUGAACAAGCUGAACCGUGCGGUCCAGAGGCUGACGGCCGAGGUGGAGAACGCUAAGCAGCAGCGCUGUAAGCUGGAAGCUUCCAUAGCUGGCGCAGAGCAGCAGGGUGAGGCAGCCCUCAGUGAUGCCCGAUGCAAGCUGGCCAGGCUGGAGGAGGCCCUGCAGAAGGCCAAGCGGGACAUGGCCUGCCUGCUCAAGGAGUACCAGGAGGUGAUGAACUCCAAGCUGGGCCUGGAUGUGGAGAUUGCCACUUACCACAAACUGCUGGAGGGCGAGGAGAGUCGGUUGUGUGAAGGUGUGAACUCAGUCAACAUCUGUGUGAGCCGAUCACAAGGUGGCGUGAUCAGUGGGGAUCUUGGUUCCAGUGUCUCACGGAGUGUGGGGGCUGUGGCCAGCAACAGUGUCCUGUGUUCCCCCUCUGUCAUGGGGCCCUGCUCCAGUGCAAGGUCUGUGUGUUUUGCAUAGACAGGCUGCACUCUAGACCAAGUAGGUCUUCUGGGGGCUGGGGGGAGAAAACUUUUUUCUUGUGACCCCAAAGCUACUUCACUGGCCAUAGAAGUAGCUCUCCAGUUUCCUUCUUAUUGGAGUUAUGAUUUACUUUUUGAAUGUAAACCCUGGGCUUGGUAGGGAGCUGGGUGGGGGGGGUGUGCAACAUGAGGGGUCAUCUUUGGGAGGAGACUUUGCUCUUGAUGUGAGGAGCUGUAGGUGCUGCCUCAGCAUGGAGGGGACAGCAGAGGCAGUGGGGCUGAGGGAAAUCCUUCACCUGAUCUGAGAGAUUGGAUAUUCUGGGAGUCCCCAAACUAUUUGAUAUGACAGAAUGAGAAGACUGGCUGAGGUUAAUCAGUAGAAUCCAUGCUCUUGGUUGCUUGGAAUUGUUCAGAAUUCGCAUGAUUCCCCACAAGGCUCCUCCUUUAUUCUUUUGAUGUUCUUGAUUAAAUAUUGAUGGCUACAA